ACUGACUGAGUAAGAGUUUUGCCAUAGGAGGGCGCUGUUGUGCAAUUUAUUUGUGUUACUUCUGGGCUACUAUACCUGGCGCUUCCUUCCUGUGAGCGCAAAUGUUUACAUCGAGUGUCGAGCUGUAGUCGCACAGAGCCAGACGUGUGGCCAGCAGCAAUAUUAAAUAAAUUAUGCCUUGAAGGCUAAAGAUUAUCUCUCUUCGUCAUCAUCUUUUCCUCCCGAAUGCAACGUGCUGCUUAAUGGAAAAACGCAACAUGACCCUCUGGAAGUAGCGUCAUUUCUCAUUGAUCAACUGGAUGGGCACGCCAGGCACCAUGGGUACAAGUUACACCACCUAAGCUGCAUCCAGGCCGGGUAUGUUGUGACCCAAAGUACAGUGAGGCUUCUGUUAAAGUUUCUUGACCCCCGUGGUGUUGAGCGAAGACGGAGAAACCGCCUGAUGCGACGCAUGUACGUUAAUCCUGGGCCCAAUUAUAUGUGGCAUAUUGACUCCUACGACAAACUAAAGCCGUUUGGUAUUUGCAUAAAUGGAGCGAUUGAUGGUUUUUCAAGACUCAUAGUGUGGCUUCAUGCCUAUUCAACAAACAGCAACCUCAAGAUCAUCGCUGGUUAUUUCCUUGCAGAAGUUGAGAAGAGGAUGGGGACGGCUUCCAGAAUCCGCGCAGAUUUGGGAACAGAAAAUGUCACAAUGGCACAGAUGCAGAGAUUCCUACGAUGGAGUGAAGAUUGUCACGUCAACAACUCUUAUAUUUCUGGCCCCAGUAAUCACAAUCAGCGCAUCGAGAGCUGGUGGGCCUUUUUCAGAACGCAUCAUGCCCAGUCCUGGAUAAACCGUCUCCAGGAACUGAAGGACAAUGACUGUUUCUCUGGAGACUUCUUGGACAAGCAGCUUCUGCUGUUUACUUGUCUGAACAUAAUCGAGGAAGAGCUGCAACAAGUUGCACAUUUGUGGAAUACCCACAUUAUCCGCAACAGCAGAAAUGCAGUAGCUCCAAGUGGACAUCCAAUUCUCAUGUACACUGUCCCUCAACUAUUUGGAGGAGAAGAUCAUCUGAAAGAGGUCUCCCAGGAAGCAGUGGAGGCAUGUAAACAUGAAUGCCAACAGCGAGGACCUUAUUCUUGUGAUGAAACAGUAUUCAGCUUGUGUUGCCUUAUAAUGGCAGAGAACUUCUUACUCCCACCCACCACAGCAGAUGAGGCCAUAGAGCUAUAUCUCUUUCUGAGGGCAAACAUACUUAAAGACUUAUAAAUUACCUGAAGAGCUCUGGAACAGUAAGACACAGUUGCAUUAUGUCAACUGAUGUCCUGCUUACUUGUUGACACUGCUUUUAUUUGUAAGGAAAAUCUAAAACUAAUCACAUCCAUAAUGUUCAUAUGCUGUUGUAAAUUAGUUUCACAAAAUAUUUACUCUGUACCCUGCUGACAGGACAGUUCACCCCAAAAUCAAAAACACAUAUUUCUCCUCUUACUUGUGGCGCUGUUUAUCCAUCUAGAUUUUUGGGGGGUGUGAGUUGCAGAGUUUUGGAGAUAUCAGCUGUUGAGUUGUCAGCCUUCUUUCUAAUAUAAUGGAAUAAUGGUACAAGUUGUUACGAUUUAACUGCAACUUCGAGAAUAAAACAUGUCCGGAAACGAUCGUUCAGUUUAUCUUUUUUACUGAAAAACUGUAACCUCAAAAAACGUUACAACUUCUUCUGGCCAGCGGUUGCCGGGCAACCGAGGGUAAACUCUCUUCCGUUACCGGUCUUCUUCUUUGCUCAGGGGGAAUACAGGCAGAAAAAACAGCAUCCUUCACCGCAAGGACACUGCAAACAGUGCCACCUAUUGGCAUCAAGUGCAAAUUAAACAACAAUGAACUUAUGUGUAAAUAUAUGAACUUAUCAAAGACUAAAAUGAAUAAAGACACAAGUCCUGUGAAGCUCAAAGCACCAAAAAACAUCUAAUAAAAUUCAAAACCAGUGUCGUUUCCCCAAAGUCAUGACCUGAUUGCUCCAAAUAAUACACAGACCUUGUUUUGAGCAGUUUCAUGUAAGAACUACUUUCUUUCUGUAGCAGAAUCUACUUCACACUACUAUUCUACUGGAACUAGUAGAAAGAAAGUAGCUCCUACAUGAAAAUGCUCACAAGGUACAUGGAUUAUGUUGAGUAACUGGGUCAUAAUUUUUGGAAAAGGACAGUGGUUUUGAAUUUUUCAAAUGUUUUUAUUUCUUUUUCUGGUGCUUUAAGCACCACAGAACUUGUGCCAUUUAUUCACAUAUUGCAGAGAAGGCAGAUAUCUCUAUGGCUGAUAUCUCCAACUCACAUCAAAACAAUGCAGAUAAAUAGUACAGACCAGACGAAAAAAAAUAUGUAUUUUUAACUGUGGAGUGAACUGUCCCUUUGAAACUAUCAAAAUGGGGCCAUGUUCCAAAGGUCAACAAUUAGCCCAACAUGGCAGAAGAGCUAAUGCAGUGCUGUGACCUGCUCAUUGUGAGAAGAGAUUCUCUUAGAUUCAUCAGAUGUAAUGGUAAAACAGCAGUACAUUGACCAUUGGACAGCAGAUUGCCUACUUGACUACUCUUUACAAGGUCUACAGGACAGGGGGUGUUACACUCUGUACAGAUUGUAAAACCCACUGAGGCAAACUAAGAUUUGUGAUAUUAAGCAAUACAAAUAAAAUUUAAUGGAUCUGAUUUGAUUGACUGUACUUUGUUAAUAUUAACAUACUUUUACUUAAGUAAGGUUUUGUCACGCAUAGUAUUUUCAGUGUGGUAUUUUCACUUAAAUAAAGGAUCUGAAUAUUUCU